UACAAAAUGGUAGCAAAUGCAGCAACGGAAAAUUUGUUCCUCCUCGAGUUUUUAGUAGAUAAAGUACAUAUCGAUCCAACUGCUGCACGCCAAAGUCAAUUGGCUGGAUUGUACGGUGAAAGUUGCGUACAAUUUCAAUUUUUGAAUAAUGCACCAUUAGAUGUCUGCGAGGCAGAUUUUUCUCCAAAAAAUAAUUACGCAGCAGAGGGUGGAACUUUUAAGAGUGGAAAGUCAAUUUUGUUUUCUUUAACACCUGAUCAAGCUCAACAAGCAGUAAAAGAUUUCUCGAUUCAUGUAUAUGUAUUUAAAAAACUUGAAGGAAAUGCUAUGCCAGACAAAAUGCCCGUUGGAGAGACUGAUAUACAGAUUGUUGAUCAAUUUAAUGAGUUAUUAAAGCAAAUUAGUGGUAAUUCCACGGGCCAACCUGCAGCCAAAGUAAUAAAAGAUACUUUCAAAUUAAUUGGCCCUGGAGAAACGCCAAUGGGAACUAUUAGCGUUUUUAUUCGUAUAUCAUGUUUUGGAAAGCUUAUCGUUACACAAUUUCAAAUGAACUUGGAAGAUAGGUCUGUGUUAUUUAAAGAUAAUCAAGGAAGUUCUAUGUAUAGAUAUCGAAAAACUUCAAAAGAUGAUAAACCAUGUUCGCCACCAAAUUGUACAGAUUGGAAUGAUGCGAUACGUGGUAAACCAUGUGCAAUACCAAAUUGCCCACCUUCUCCGCCGUGCUGCGAAGGAGAUGGCUGCAACCCUUCAUGCUAUCAACCAGUAGCACCUUGCUGUAUACCUCCGCCACCACCACCCGAUAAUCGAUGUUAUCAAGAAAUUGGAGCAGAAAUGAAUGGAAAUGCACUAACUAUUCGUGUAUUAAAAGAUCGAAAGAAAAUUGUGCAGGAAACUGAAGAAGGCUGCUGUUGUACUCAAGAUGCAAAUACAGCAGGAGAGUGUUGUCCGUCAAAUACUCCUGGUAUAUCUGCGAUUCCUGAAGGUCCAAAUCCACCAUCGCUGAAUUUUAAGGUUAACAAUUGCUGUGACAAUCAAGGUGUUAAAGUCCAACCACCACGUCCUGUGGGAGGGCUACAAACUACAGAAAUUAAAGAUCCUCAUAGAGAUGUUUUCGUCCUACGUAUAGGAAAAAAAUCUGAGGGCACGGAAAAGAAAUCAAACUUAGAAUUGGAGCUUAGAACUCCGAAAGGAAUUGAUCGAAAACCGCCUCCCAAAUUAGAAACACGUGAAACUCAGUAUGAUGAGCAAGAUGCUGGACCACCGACUACAGUGACUGAACCAGUACCAACAAAAGGUGCAAAAGGAAAAAAAGGGGGUAAAGGAAAAAAAGGAAAGAAAGGGAAAAAAUAAUUUUUAUAUUUUAAUUACCGUAUUUUAUGGAUUUUCUUGACUUA